UGAGGAGCAACAGGACACCUUUGAGGACCAUCUCAAGUUGGGUCUCAAAGGUGAAGUCGGCACUCAAAGCUGAACAAAGAGCACGGGGCACAAGUCACAAAGAAUCCCUGAAUCCCACAUGCCAAGAUGAAAUUUACAAAAAGUAAGGAAGAGGAGCCCACUGCUCCUGGGCAAGUGGCCAUUAAGAAGCGAUCUAAAGUCCCAGGAGUAAUGAUCACACAGUUUGUGGAGGAAAUCCCAGCAGGAAAAAGUCAUCCCGACUUCUCCCGCAAACCCAUCGCAUUGACUAUUCAGGAAGGAAAGCUUGCCAUUUUCAAAGCCAUCAUCACUGGAAGUCCGACACCAACUGUGACAUGGGCUCGAAACAAUGGAGAUGUAUCUGAUCCUGAAAGAUAUGCUGUUUCAUAUGAUCCAGUCUUAGGAGAACAUCAAUUACAGAUGCCCAAUGUUGGAGUUGAUCAAGCCGACACAUAUAAAUGUUAUGCAAAUAAUGAAUAUGGACGUGCUAUAGUCACAGUCACACUCAACGUGAUUGAAGUUGGGUUCAAGAAGAGCAAAGCAAUGCAGGAAGCACGAUUAGAGCAACGAGAGAAAGCAACAGCCGAUUUAAAAAAGAACCUGAGGACCCGAGCUGAACAAAAGGAGAAGAGGAAAGAUGGAGAAGUUGAUGAGAAAUUUUGGGAACUGUUGCUCAGCGCUGAUAAGAAAGAUUAUGAGCGCAUCUGCGCUGAAUAUGGGGUGACUGACUUCCGCUGGAUGUUGAAGAAACUGAACGAGAAAAAAAGGGAAAUAGAGGAGCAGCAGUCGCAGUACAUUGAACACCUGAGCAACCUGAGACAUAUUGAAAUCAAGAUGCCCGGAUGUGCCGAAUUUGAAUUUGAGAUGGAUCUCAAAGAUCCCAAUGCCAAAAUUUUCCUCCUCAAGGAUGGUGUUAUGGUUCCAUUUACCACUGAUUCAGAUGAGAAGCAUUCUUUGCGUCAAGUCGGCAGGAAAUUCAUCUUUAGCGUACAUGGUCUGAAUGCAGAAGAUGCUGGAUUGUAUCAAGUCGAUAUUGAGGGCGUCAAUGUCUUCUCAACUGACUUUAAAAUUCCAGCGGUAGACUUCUUGGUAAAGAUUCAGGAAGUGAAGGCUGUGGAAAGAGAGGAUGCCGCAUUUGAGUGUGUCUUAUCUGCUCCGCUCCCUAAGAUCUCUUGGCUAGGCAAGAACGUCACCCUGGAACAGGGUGAAAAGUAUGACAUCUCUGUCUCUGAGGACAUGCUAAUCCAUAGACUGGUGGUGAAGGACUGUAUGCAAGUGGACAAAGGCAUCUACGCAGCUGUGGCUGGAAUGAAAUCUUGUAACGCCUGGCUGAUAGUGGAGGAUCCAGGAGUUCACUUCACCAGUGGACUGUCAGAUGUUCAUGCUAUCAUUGGUCAGUCAGCUGAAAUGGUGUGCAAACUCAGCAGUGAAAAGUGUGAUGGCAUUUGGUAUAAAGAUGGAAAAGAGAUAACAGCCACAGAUGAACUAAAGAUCGUCAAAGAUGGAGCAGUCCAUAAACUAACUGUAUCAAACUGCACAGAGGAUGACAGUGGAAAGUACCGCUUUGAGGCAGAUGGUCGUAAAACUGAUGCGAUGUUGGUCGUGGAAGACCCACCAAGGAUGAAUCAAGAUGACUUGGCUAAAUUCUCAGAGCCUGUGAUAAUCAAGGUUGGCCAAAAUGCAACUUUCAAAAUGGACUUUGUAGGUCGUGAGCCAAUGAAAGUGCAGUGGUACAACGAGGGUGAAGAGAUGCUUGAAGAUAAUCACAUCAGGAUUGAGAAGUCAGAUAGUCACAGUCGCCUUCUACUUGUGAAAUGUCAACGUAAAGACAGUGGAGAAAUAAAGCUGAAGCUCAAAAAUGAGUUUGGAACCAUUGAGGCCCUUUCAAGACUCAUCGUUCUAGAUAAACCCACCAACCCAAUGGGACCUGUUGAAGUAUUAGAAGCCUCGGCAUCUUGUGUGGAGUUCAAGUGGAGACCCCCAAAGGACGAUGGCGGUUCUCCUAUAAAAAACUACUAUAUUGAGCGUAACCAGAUUGGACGCAACACCUGGACGAAGAUUGGAAAUAUCCCUGGAGAGCCCCAUUACAAGGACACUGAUGUGGACCAUGGAAGGAGGUACUGCUAUCGCAUCAGGGCCGUGACUGCAGAGAGUACUAGUGAUGUUUUUGAGACAAAUGACAUCCAGGCUGGCACCAAAGCAUAUCCUGGACCACCAUCUACACCCAAAGUGGUCAGUGCCUUCAAGAACUGCAUCACUUUGGCAUGGUCACCUCCCACCAACACUGGUGGAACCAACAUUGUUGGCUACAAUAUGGAGAAACGUAAACGGGGCAGCAACAUAUGGGGUCAAGUGAACCCCCCUGAUGAGCCAAUCAAAGGCAAACAGUAUGAUGUGAAAGAUGUUAUUGAAGGAAUGGAAUAUGAAUUCCAUGUGUCAGCCAUCAACUUCUCUGGUGCUGGAGAACCAAGCACACCCUCUGAAUUUGUGAUAGCCAGAGAUCCAAAAAAACCCCCUGGUAAAGUCAUUGACCUGAAAGUCACAGAUUCCACCUAUACCUCUUUGUCUUUGAGUUGGACUAAACCGAAGGAGGAGGAAGGUGUCCAGGAUGAAGCUAAAGGUUAUUUUGUGGAAUUAAGGCCAGCUGAGAACACAGAAUGGGGUCGCUGCAACUCAAACCCGCUCAUUGCAACUUCCCAUACAAUUCUUGGCCUCAAGUCUAUGGCUAUGUACUGGGUCCGAGUGGUUGCAACCAAUGAAGGAGGUGAUGGGGAACCCCGAGAUCUGGACAACUACAUCAUUGCCAUGCCUCCACCUGUGAGGCCAAAUUUCACCAAUCGCAAAAUGAAGAGCUUUAUGGUUGUGAGAGCUGAAAAUUCAGCUCGGGUCAACAUAUAUUUUGAGGCAUCCCCAAUGCCAACUAUAAUCUGGCUGAAAGAUGGAAUGCCUGUGUCCAAACGUGUAACUGUGAGCAAUACAGAUGGGAUGUCCCAGCUCCUGAUUCCCAGUGCCGAGCGUUCUGACAGCGGGAUCUACACCAUCAUAGUCAAGAACAUAGUGGGUCAGGAGACGUUCAGUGUUGAGAUCAGAGUGACGGAUGAUCCAAAGCCACCUGGCCCAGUGGAGCUGGAAGAAAAUGUCCCUGGCACAUUAACAGUUUCUUGGAAACCAUCUCCUGAUGAGAAACGAGAUAAUCACUUGCACUAUAUGGUGAUGAAACGGGACUCCAUCAAACGCACCUGGCAUACAGUCGCUGACCGCUUGUUCAACAACAACUUCACAGCAGUCAACAUCAUGCCAGGAAGGGAAUAUAACUUCCGUGUGUAUGCCAAAAAUGACAUAGGCCUCUCAGAACCAUCUGAGUCCCUGACAUGGGGCAUUGUAAGGAAGAAAGAAAAGUUCAGCCUCAACUUACCCCCAUCCAAACCUUGCAACUUUGACUCUGCUCCCAUUUUCACGGUUCCCCUAAAGACGCACACUACCCCGGAGAAAUACGAGUGCUACAUGAGCUGUGCAGUGAGAAGCAACCCCAUACCUCAUGUUACCUGGUACCGCAACAACGUCAGCCUCAACACUGACACCAACUACUACAUCACUAACACCUGUGGAGUGUGUUCCAUGCUCAUCUUGAGAGUCGGUGCCAAAGACAACGGAGAAUACAAAGUAGUGGCAGAAAACUCUUUAGGCCGUGCUGAGUGCAGCGCACAGCUGACAAUCUUAGAGUGA